CUGCAAUAUAGAAUCGUGUAUCCUUGCUCCAUACGUGUUUUUAGAAUUUUUUUAACAAUUCCUUUUUAUCUAACAAAAAUGUUCCUAAACAUAUCGUGGGAGAUGAUGUCCACGUGAUAAAGUUAAGGGAUCUUGAGAGCCGAUGAUACAUUAAAUCUCAUCCAACAAAAAUAUCCGACAAUGUCGUACUUAUCGCGCAAGGAAAUCGACGAAUUAAAGCCACAGAUUGAAAGGACAGUCAGCAAGUUUUUGGGCUUUACUGAGUCUUCGAUAGUAACCACUGCGCUGAACUGUAUUGCAUCUGGUUAUGAUAGGCGUAAAACUGCAGAUAAAUUGUCAGCAUUGCUUGAAGAUAAAAAGGCCUCGAAAGUAGCAGAGAAAAUAUUUAUAGUUUAUGAUGAUAUAAGGGCUUCACACAAAUCAAAAAAACGAUCCCAUGGCGACGAUAGAGAUAAAGAUAGGGACAGAGAUUCUAAGAAGGCAAAACUUAAAGAUGACGAUUCUAAACAUGAUAAAUCUAAUGAUUCUACACUUUCGAAAGAUAAAAUUAGCCAUAUUAUGGCAAAUGCACAAAAGGAAAUUGAGGAACGUAAAAGAGCCAUGAGGGUACGACCAGAAGAUAUGGAAACAGUUAGACCACUUUUAAGGAAUAAAGAUACAUUAACUACAAUGGGCUCGGUUUAUAAUCAAGGUUUUCUUAGUAAAACCGAUUCGGACAAAGCUAGAAAGAUAGCUGCAUUGCAAGCACAAAUACAAAAUAAACUCAAAUCUGGACUGUUAGGAGGUGUACAAAAUACAGAUAAACCAAGACCUCUUAUUCUUGAUGAAUCCGGGAGAACGGUUGACAUAACUGGUAAAGAGGUUCAACUUACUCAAGUUGUUCCAACUCUAAAAGCUAAUAUUCGAGCUAAAAAGAGAGAAGAAUUCAAGGCACAAUUGCAGGAUUCAAAAGGUCCUGAAGACUUUCAAGAGACACAUUUCUUUGAUAAUCGCAUAGGUGUCAAAUCUGCGGUCAGAGGCAAACGAGCACUAAAGUUCCACGAGCCAGGAAAAUUUAUGCAAAUGGCGGAAAGGAUUCGUAUGAAAGCACAGCUGGAAAAAUUGCAAAAUGAAAUUAGUCAAAUUGCCAGAAAAACAGGCAUUAGCUCUGCAACUAAAUUGGCCUUAAUCGCACCAAAAACCGAAGCACUUAACGAAGAUGUACCAAAUAUUGAGUGGUGGGAUUCUGUAAUUUUAAAUGUGAGUGAUUCUACUAUUACAAAUUUAGUAGAACAUCCAGCACAAAUGAGGCCACCGACGGAGCCAUUAAAACCAGUUUACAUGCCUGUAUUUUUAACGCAUAAAGAGAGAAAAAAAUUACGCCGUCAGAAUCGACGAGAAGCUUGGAAAGAAGAGCAGGAAAAAAUUCGUCUAGGACUGGAGCCGCCACCAGAGCCAAAGCUACGUAUUUCAAAUUUAAUGAGGGUUUUAGGUACGGAGGCAGUGCAGGAUCCCACAAAAAUUGAAGCCCAUGUAAGACAACAGAUGGCAAAGAGGUUGAAGGCUCACGAAGAUGCCAAUGCGGCAAGAAGACUCACCGCUGACCAAAGGCGUGAAAAGAAAGCGAGGAAAAUUAGAGAAGACACUAGUUUAGGAGUUUGCGUCGCUGUUUUCAGAAUACGUGACUUGAUCAACAACGCCUCAAAGAAAUUCAAGGUAGAGACCAAUGCGAAACAGCUUUACCUCACCGGCUGUGUAAUGUUGUUUCGCGAUUGUAACGUUGUUAUCGUUGAAGGCGGUCAUAAGCAGAUUGCCAAGUACAAGCGACUGAUGCUGCAACGCAUAAAAUGGGAAGAAGAUCAAGUUAAGGACAUGGAUGGUAACGAUGUACCAAACAAGUGUGUACUUGUGUGGGAGGGCACUAGUAAACAUAGACAUUUCGGUGACAUCAAGUUCAAGGUAUGUCCGAUAGAAAAGAUGGCACGCGAGCAUUUCAAGAAGCAUCAGGUCGAGCAUUAUUGGGAUCUUGCGUACAGCGGUGCCGUGCUGGAUAACACGGACGAUACGCAGGUAUAAAAUACAAGAAACUGACAUUAGAUAACUCACUAAUGUUUCAAAUUGUGACAGUGUGAAUGUGUGUUUCAUUGUGAUGUAUAUGCUGAGAAAUACUAAUUUUCUCUUCUAAAUAUCAAAUUUUCUUAGAAAGGUUUUUAAAAUUUAUAUUAUAUUGCUAUUCACGAACUUAUAAGUUUAAAAAUUUGUUGACAAAACUUACAAAACGAUAUAUUAUUCAAGAUGGGGUUGUCAAGUUCUACCUAUACCCCUAAACUACCUCGUACUCCGAAUAAUGAAUAAAUGCGUGUAAUUUAGAAAAUGCUUCAAAAUAUUAUAAAAUCAAA